UGCCGACCAGAGGGAAGUGGAGUCGGGGGAGGCAGGUAGUAGCAGCAGCCCGCCUCGGCGGAUGCAUCCGUGUCCUUCCCCCACCAUGACGGACUGUUUGUGCGCCGCGGACGGAGGCGGCUCAUUCAACCUGACAGUCGACAUGUCAAACUUAGUCGUGGAGAUAUGAGCAGGAUGCCUUGAUUAGCCAUAACCGGGAUUAAAGCAUUUGGAGUUGAUCCAGAAAACAUGGGCGACCUGGAGUGUGGCUUUGAGGAAAUGCAAGGCGUUAGGUUGGGCUACCUGCUCAUCCAAGGCAAGCAGAUGUUUGCUUUAUCUCAAGUCUUCACCGAGCUGCUCAAGAACAUUCCACGCACCACCGUGCACAAGCGCAUGGACCACCUGAAGGUGAAGAAACACCACUGUGACCUGGAGGAGCUGCGCAAGCUCAAAGCAAUCAACUCCAUCGCUUUCCACGCAGCCAAGUGCACGCUUAUAUCGCGGGAGGAUGUGGAGGCUCUUUAUUUUUCCUGCAAAACGGAGCGAGUGUUGAAGUCCGGCAACAACAAAAGGAAAGACAGGUCGUGUCCCGCCGGGGACGGCCUUGCGUCGGCGGGCGUCCUACGUGCGGACGCCGAGCUUUGGCAGGAAAAAGUUUGGUUUAGUUUGCACGGCGUGCAAGACAAAGCGGCACGGGGGAGGAAAAAUCUCUGCGCCUCCAAACUACCUCACUUUUAUCAGACAACCCGCGGACGAGAUUACCAUUCGGCCACAAAGUCCACUCACAGACACUUGAAAAACUAUGAAACGGUAAAGUUGCAAGGGAACCGGGCGACUCUGAGCUACAGGCAUUCGUUUUUCCGGAGCGCUCCCGAAGCUGCGCUCCAGGCCGCCAUGGCUGCUCAUUCCAGGCUAUCUCGCGCAGCCGGCGACCUUCAUCACAAAAGGAAGAGGAGGCGCGAAGGGGGCGGCGGCAAGUACGGUGUAAGACACCACUGGAGGAGCAGACACCACCAGCACGUUCCGCCGGUGCUACUCGUACAACCCAAAUCCCCCUUUACGCACCGCAGCGCUCUUGGUGCCUUCCAGCUGAGCCCGGAUUUCUACCUUCACCCUCAUCACCUCGAGGCGAGCUUCCCGGAGAGCAGCGAUACCGAGUCCAGUACCUACUCGGACCGCGCCUACCCCGACUCGGAUUUCGGUUCCAGCAGCAGCUCUGACGAAGAAGAGGAAGAUGAAGAUGACACUCAGUCUGAGAGCACAGAGCUCAGCUCGGAUGUGGAGGAAGAGGAAGAAAGCUCUUCUCAUUCAGACUCCAGCUCUGUUUCCAGUCGGAUUUCGGUUCAGAGCAUCCGGUUUAGGCGGGCUCGGGUGGGGACCCUCGCCAAAACUCUUAACCCUAUGAAGGCGCCUCUGGUUCUGCAGCCCACUUUUCACUACAACCACCAGCAGCAGCUGCAGCAACAGCAGCGCAACAGCUCAACGCAGAGCCAUGUCGCCAAAUCUCAGAAAGAGCAAAGUGAACAUGAUGAAUGUGAAAUUCGGAGAAAGUCGGGAUCCCAAUUCCUCUCGGUUAUUUUCACGGAGAACAAAUCCGAAAAUGAAGGACCAAACAUUGACCCAGGGGUUGAGCGCGUCCGUUUUGAGCCGCAAAUGAGGAAGACCCUUUAUGAAUUACCCAGGUCAUUACACUGUCCCAUCAACCAUCAGUGUGGUCGGGACAAAGACGUAAAACGCACCGGACAAAGACUCCCCACUCCGCCCAAGAAAAUAAAGACCGAGACCGAGGAGCUUUCCGUGACGGCAUCUCCACGUUCCGAGAACCACUGCAAUGUCUCCGUGACGCCGCAUCUUGCUCUCCACGAAGUCAAAUUAAAAUUGGAAGACUGUUGCGGUGAAUAUGAAUGUCAGAGCCAGGCCGAUGCGGUCCAAUUCCAGAAGCCACCGAUCAACGCUGACAAAUAUUCCAGUAACUCAGACGUAAAAGGGGAAGCGAAAUCCACUGGGAAUACCCCCGAUGUCCCCCCCGCACCCCCCGUCAGCUCACACGGAUAUAAAAGCACCCGGGACCGAGUGGAAGAGAGAGAGACCAAGAGCAAAAAGUCCAAAGCUUCGGAGCAGGGGAGGAGAUCCAGGCUUUCCAGGGCGCAAGCAAAACAAGCCAGGGUCACCAGGGCUGCCUCCUCCUCCUCUUCCUCCUCCUCAACCUCCUCUCCAUCCUCCUCUUCCUCCUCUCACCCCUGCGUGGAAGGCUCCGCGGAGAAUUUACCUAGCCGACGGAAACGCAGCAGUACCACUACUUCUACGUGCAGCGCCAAAAUGCCUUUCAGUCUCAUGGCAAGCUUCCCAUUUUUGCCCUCGCUGGUGGUCGGCAGCGACGGGGAUCUAUGCCCCGCUUACUCCCUGAACUCUCUGAGGGAUCCCGGGCCUCCCCCUUCGUCUCACCCAGUGUGGCGUUGGCAGCCAGGCGGACACAUUCUCCCUCCCCCACACGCUCACACAACCGGGAAAUUGAGCAGCGCUUAAAAAGAGAGAAAACAAAAAGAAAGCAAAAAAGAAAAAACAGACUUCAUCUCAAAACCUAUGAAUGGAACUUUCUCCGCGGCGUCGGUGUGCUCCAUGAAGCCAGAGCUCCCCCGCAGGCAUCUUCGGCUGGUCGG